UCUGAUAUUAAUUUUUCGGUGGCGCCACUAAACUGAUCAAUCAAAAUACAUAGAAGUUGAGAAAUAUGACGUAAAUAUAACCUCAAGUUACCGCAAAUGACAGCAAACGUAUGAUAACUGUGCUUGUUGUGUGUUAAGCCUGAUUAUAAUUCCAUAUAAGUGUUGAACGCGUUAGCGAAUAUAGGAUAAAUUAUGAUUUAUUUAUCAAAUAAACUGACAGAAACUUUUUUUAUAUAAAAAAAUCAGAAAAUGAAAUAUUCUACUUCACCGCCAACGAGUCGAUGUCACUCGCCUGUCCCAACAGAAUUCUCAUCUUCAUUGCCAAUGCCAAUUGUUUACAGGCACAACUGUAUGGGUGCUGCAACAAAAUGUUACAAAUAUCUAAGAAAACUACUAAAGUUUGAACAAAUGGACUUUGAGUUUGCUCUUUGGCAGAUCAUAUUUUUAUUUGUAGCUCCACAAAAAGUUUAUAGAAAUUUCAAAAACAGGAAACAAACAAAGUCACAAUUUGCAAGAGAUGAUCCUGCAUUUUUUGUACUGCUUACAUGCUGUUAUUCAUUAUCAACCGUUGGUUUUGCUAUUGUAUUGGGUUUAGAACUUGUCCAAUACAUAAAAUUAUUAUUUUACAUGAUGUUUGUCGAAUAUUUGGGUGUUGGAUUUUUAAUAGCUACAAUAUUUUGGUUUAUAACUAAUAGAUAUCUGAGGAUAGACAAAACACAAGAUGUUGAAUGGGGCUAUGCAUUUGAUAUCCACAUGAAUGCAGUAUUCCCUCCUUUAAUUAUACUUCAUAUUCUUCAAUUAUUUUUAUAUAAUGCUUUGAUCAAUAAUGAUACAUUCUCAGCGCGAUUCUUUGGGAAUACUCUUUGGUUAAUAGCUAUUAUAUAUUACAUUUAUAUCACCUUUCUUGGCUAUGCAAGUGUAGAGAUACUUCAUAAAACACAUCUAAUAUUAUCCACUUUACCGAUAAUUCUGCUGACGUAUAUUACUACAUUAUGCGCUGGUAUCAAUGUCAGUUAUUUAGUUAUGGAAUUUUACUUUUAUCGAGCUAUAUAAAAAGAUUACAAUGUAUUGUAUUUUCAUCAAAUCAUCAUGUAUAUUAACUUUGGAAUAACAAUCUGGCUCCAUUGAAAUGCGGUAGAAUUUUUUGACAUUUUGACAUUAAAGAUAUUUGCAAUCAUUAAA